AUAAUUUUUUCUUGUUAAGCUGGACAAUAGUAUUUUAUUUAUUACCUCUUUUAUGACUGAGUUUCUUAUCUAUUUAUCUUGCUUCUCUUUUCAGGGAGUUCGUCUAUAUUGACCUAGAUGGACCAGUAUGAAAAAAUUGGGAAGAUUGGGGAAGGAACAUAUGGUGUAGUGUACAAGGCCCUUGUUCGUGCAACUAAGGAAAUCGUUGCUCUAAAAAAAAUACGGCUGGAGCAAGAAGAUGAGGGAGUGCCUAGCACAGCUAUAAGAGAAAUUUCUCUUUUAAAAGAGAUGCAGCACGGAAACAUUGUGAGGUUGCUGGAUGUGGUUCACAGUGAGAAGCGAUUAUAUCUAGUCUUUGAAUAUCUUGACUUGGAUUUGAAGAAGCACAUGGAUUCAUGUCCUGAAUUUUCUAAGGAUACCGGUGUUGUAAAAUCGUUUGUGUAUCAAAUGCUCCGUGGUAUUGCUUAUUGUCAUUCUCGUAGAGUUCUCCACCGAGAUCUAAAGCCUCAGAAUUUGCUGAUAGAUCCACGCACCAAUGUGUUAAAGCUUGCAGAUUUUGGAUUGGGUAGAGCAUUUGGUAUUCCUGUUAGAACUUUUACUCAUGAGGUAGUGACAUUAUGGUACAGGGCACCAGAAAUACUGCUUGGAUCAAGGCACUACUCUACUCCGGUUGAUGUGUGGUCAGCUGGUUGCAUAUUUGCCGAGAUGGUUAACCAGCAACCCCUUUUUCCUGGUGACUCAGAGAUUGAUGAACUUUUCAACAUUUUCAGAGUGGUGGGUACUCCAAAUGAGGAUACAUGGCCUGGAGUGACUUCUUUGCCUGAUUAUAAAUCUACAUUUCCAAAAUGGCCUCCUAAGGAUCUGGCAACUGUAGUCCCGAAUCUUGAUACAGCAGGAUUUGAUCUCCUUGGUAAAAUGCUCUGCUUGGACCCCAGCAAGAGAAUCACUGCCAGGAGUGCCCUUGAACAUGAGUAUUUCAAGGAUAUUGGCCGUGUUCCAUGACUCUUUGCAUCUUCAUCAACAAUGUGAACACAAAUUUGGUUCAUUAGAAUUCAUACUUCUGCAAGGACUUACUGAAUUACUGGUCAUGAUUGGAUUGCUGUGCGUUUCAAAUUUUUUGCGUAGCUUGAUACUGGAAUUGAAGAACGAGAUGAUGAUUCGCAUGGUCAGUUAUACAUGAUUACUAUUCCUGGAGGAAUGCAGGCUACAGUUCAGGUUUACCAAGUUAUGUUUUGAUACUGUAUGAAAUUUUUUUCUUGGUCUGACAAUAGAGAGACUGACCUCUCAAUAUUCAGGACUCUCCAAGAACUUCUGCUAUUUUGAUAGGAAAAUCAUGGAAGGCAAAACUAGUUGAUCAGAGCAAUUAGCUCGUGCUAUUUUGUUCCCCAUGAAUUGUAAUUAGAUGAUUGUGUGUCUUAUCUCUUCAUCUCUAUUUUUCCUUUAGUUUAUAAACUUGGAAGUUGGAACUAAAACUAAACAUAAGAAUUAGUGUAUUUUCUGCCGAGAGUCUGUCAGAA